CUGGGGAGGCCUUGGGCUUGGAGGGCCAGACUGCGGGGCUACGCUCUGGCUGAUCUCAGCACACACCCACAGACCUCACAGAUUCCAGGAGCCCAGGGGAGGCCUGUGAGCCGCCUGCAGCCAUGUCAGCCCUCAGCCUGCUCAUUCUGGGCCUGCUCUCCGCAGUGCCACCCGCCAGCUGUCAACAAGGCCUGGGGAACCUGCAGCCCUGGAUGCAGGGCCUGAUCGCCAUGGCCGUGUUCCUGGUCCUCGUGGCAAUCGCCUUUGCUGUCAACCACUUCUGGUGCCAAGAAGAGCCGGAGCCCGUGAACAUGGCCGUGACCGUUGGCAACAAGGAAGAUGGGAUUCUGGCAGGAACGGAAGGGAAGUAUUCCUCAAUGGCGGCCAGCUUCAGGUCCAAUGAGCAUGAGAACGCCUAUGAGAAUGUCCGGGAGGAGGAGGGCAAGGUCCGGAGCACCCCCAUGUGACCCCACUUGCCGGUGGCCCCCAGCGCUGAUCCUGGGUGCCUGGAAUCAAUGCCAUGCCUCUGAGCAGGAAUCUACAGUAACAGGCCGACUUUUCCACCACACCCCACCCCACCCUCCUUUGAAUCCUCCUUCGGAACUCAGACUGUGCCGGGGAUGGGACUCCGCUGUGGCUCCGAGGUCUCCUGGGGGGUCUCCCACUCAAUUCAAUUCAGGAGACCCUUCUGAAGGAGACAGUCAGCUCAGCACCUCCCAUCCUGCCUACAUUUCCUCCCCUCACUGGAAAUGGCCUUAUUUCUGUGAAUAAAACCUUUUUGUACUUCG